AUGCCAAGCAAUGUUUUGAAACGUGAUCGAACUGACAACGUUUUUGCACAUGUUGUCAAGAUGAAGCGUGAUGUCGAUCAUCUUACUGAAGUUUCAGAGCUGUGGGCCAAAGCCUUAAAGAAGUGGCACACGGUACUAGCGUGUACCGGCUAUGCAGGCUUGGUCGGAGCCACAGUCAGAGACAUGGUAUGCGAUGGCAAAGAACUGGAAGGUACCCUCAGAGAUGUUUUCGGCAACAAAUCACGUCGUACUGCAAACAAAAGGGCUUCAACAAUGUUGGCACUGUUCUCUUGGCUUGACAGGAAAAAACUGCAGGUGUGGCCAAUCAAACCAGAAUAUGUUGCAGCGUAUCUCAAUGAAUCCAAUGUUGGUGGAGCUGGCAGCACAAAGGGUAAAACUUUGAUGGAGGCACUUCGUUUCUGCAAAUAUGUCAUGAGACUGCCAGAGCUGGAUGAGAUCAUCGACGACCCCGUGUUGACAGGCCGUGUCAGGCGCUUGGAUGCUGCAAGAGACACUGUCAAACAGAGUAGACCGCUUCUGCUUUCAGAAGUUAAAUUCAUUGAGGAGUUCCUGGUAUCCGACUUGAAUAUUUUUGACAGGUACAUUGCAGGAUGCAUUUUAUUUGCCAUUUACAGCAGGUCGAGAUGGUCAGAUCUGGCGUUCCUCAGUGAUUUGACCCUUGAUACAACAGAGACGGAACUGGGACUUGUGGGUUUUGUGGAAGGUUCAACAAGGUUUCAGAAGACAAGUACGACAGCUUUGAAACGGGCUAUGCAGAUGCCACUAGUUGCACCCAUACGAGGGGUGACAGAAAGGUUGUGGGCUGUUGAGUGGUUUGACAUUCUGAAGCAGGUUCAGUUCAAUUUGACUGCAAAACCCAUAGGCGAUGUUGCCUCCGCAUGUUCAGAGGAGCCGAUGCGUGUGAGAGUCAAGGUGGAGAACUUCCCUGAGGGACUCAGCACUCAGAGUCGGAGUGAAGCAGACCAUGUUCUUGGUGUGGUCGAUUUGACUGAAAGCAGUUGGUCGCUGGUUGGCAGCCCUGUCAGUGAACAAGACGCUCGACAGGAGAGUCCGGCCAGAGCCUCAUCUGAUGAUUCCAGCAGCAGCUCAACAAGUUCCUCUGCACAGGAAGAGCCACUGCAACAGAAGUAUGCUUUGUAUGGUGAAGUGAAAGAUUGCAAUGAGCCAGUGUAUCAGCACAAGCAGAGUCGAGUGCUGCACAGACCCAACAAAGUUGCAGGGUCCCUUGCGUGCGGCCGUAGGCUCGGUGACAACCACAGGUUUCUGGAACAGGGGGCUUCCUUCAAAUGGGCGAGAUGCUCUGUAUGCUUCAAAGGUGAAGUUAUUACAAAGACGGAUCAGCUGGCAGAAGCGAUGGCAGCUAUCCAUGCCAGGCGUACAGCUCAGUAG